AUGUCUGGUCAGCAGCAGCAACCCCCGGCUGGGAAGGCGCGGCCGCCGCUCUCCACGCAUGGUGACAUUGCGAGAUCUCUUCCCCAGGCGCAAGCACCAGUCGCUUCCAUCGAAACCCCAGACUCAACGCUUCAGACACCCACGACAGCCACGACCACGACCACCACGACCACAGCGCCGACACCUUCCUCCCCCGCGCAACGCUCCCACUUCCGUAUCCCUCAAUCGCCCCUUUCGGCUGGUGGCGAUGCAGCUUCCAGGGCGGCCAAGGUCCCCAUUCCGAGAUUGAAGAGAUCAAUGGAUGCUGACAGUCAAGAUGCGCCCCGAUCCGGCGGGAGACACCGGGUCAAUCAUGCCUGCGAACCGUGUCGGCACCGCAAGACCAAGUGCAGCGGAGAGCGUCCGGUAUGCCGACAUUGCCAGGAUUUCAAGAUUAACUGCUUUUACGCCGAUGGCAAACGAGAUCGAGUCAAGAAGCAAUUCGGUACCAUGACUGAAAAGCUUGCCGACUACGAGAAGCUAUUGAGGGACCUGGUGACGAGGGUGGGCGACCCAGAUGCAAAGGCGAUUCGAGCUGCAUUGGAAAAGGAAACGACGUAUGACCUCGACGACGGUGUCACCGAUGCUACCGCGGAGACUGGCACCCUUCCCACCAUCGAUGGCGACGGGGAUCAAUCGGAGUCUGGAGCGGAAUCUGAAGCCUCCGCUGGAGCCGGCUCGACGGGCGCUCUGGAUCGGACCGACGAGGACUUUACUCGCGAGCAAGCCAGGGCGACCGGCUUCAUGGGGAAGAACUCGGAGGUGACAUGGCUACAACGGUUGAGAGAGGAGAACAAAUAUGGCGAUCUGACCGGCGACGCGGAAGGCACCGAGAAGGAAAAAAUACUCUCGGCCACAUCUACGGCAUCGUUCGCCUCGAGGCGUCAGGUAGGCGACGUCCAAACCCCUCUGGUUGAGAUGGACGAUGGCUUCACAGUCAACGACUCUAAUUACCACCUCGAUGACUUCCCCAUCUUCACCUUCGAGGCAGUCGAUCCCUACGAGAUGCCGACACCAGAUAUCGCCCAUCACCUCUUCAACUCAUACAUGGCUCGAGUCCAUCCGUCGUUUCCCGUGGUUGGCAGGCUCAAUCUCACCGGCCAGUUCCGCAGAUUCGUCAGCGGGACGGUGCAGAACCCGCCGGAGAAAUGGCUCGCCAUUCUCAACAUGAUCUUCGCCAUUGGAGCCAAGUACUCACACCUGAUCAACGCCGACUGGAAAGGGGACGAACGUGAUCAUCUCAUCUACUUCACCCGAGCUCGUCUUCUCAACAUCAACUCGGAAACCUUGUUUCAGCACCCUGAUCUACAGCAAAUCCAGAUCAUCGGACUCAUGUCUUUUUACCUCCUAUGCACCAGUCAAAUCAACCGAGGGUGGCUGUUGAACGGCCUUGCGCUUCGACAAGCAACUGCCCUGGGAAUGAAUAUGCGCAAUGAUAGUGUCAAUCUACCAAACCCUCUCAAAGAGAUUCGAUACCGAGUUUGGUGGGCGCUGUACACCCAGGAGCAUCGGCUUUGCAACAUGACGGGCCGAGUCAACUGUAUCCUCGACGACCACUGCACCACGCCGCUGCCAGUGCCGCUCGAGGAAGACCAGUUUGAUACUGAAGAGGGCCGGAGGCUUUUGAGCAAAGAGAGGCAGCAAGGAGAUCGAGCCCCCGCCUCAAACCCUCAAACCCCAACCAACAUCAAUUCUACCCCUUCGACCGAUCGCUCCCGUUCUCAAACCAAACUGGAGUCUCGAUCACCUUCCAUGCCUAGUAAUCAGGGAGAUCUCGAGUGGGCCAAGGAUGUCCCGCCGAACUCAUCUCUAUAUUUUCUCCAUCUCGUGCAGUUGAGUCGACUGACGCAGAACAUCUUCCAUCGUCUCUACAAUCCGGCAUCCAUUCAGGGGACGUGGUCUGAUGUCCAAAAGACGAUCAGUGAGCUCGAGGAUCAGAUUGAGCACUGGUACCGGAAACUGCCGCCCGCGUUUGCCUUUCGGAGAAAGCAGCGCGAUCGCAGCUGCUACGAAUAUCGCCUGGGUCUCGGGUUUUCCUACUACAGCGCCAAAAUGACCAUCAAUCGGCCCUGUCUUUGUCGUUUGGAUCGCAAGAUCCCGGGUCAGUCUGGCAAAUCUCUCGAUUUCAACCGUCAGUCGGCAGCCAAAUGUGUCGAGGCUGCCAUGGAAACACUUGGGAUGAUCCCGGAUGAGCCGAACGCGGUGGGCUUGAUCCGAGUGGGACCUUGGUGGAAUAUCUUGCAUUUGCUUGUCCAAGCCUCGACGGUGCUCAUGCUGGAGAUAUCCUUCCGUGCCAACCACAUGCCGGAAGAGGCGGACAACAUUCUCGAGGCGAGCAAGAAGGGCGUCCGCUGGCUCCAUGCUCUGGCGGAAGACAAUUUAUCGGCCCGACGAGCCUGGGCCAUGUGUUACUCCAUGCUUGGAGAGGCGGCGCAGAAGAUGGGCCGCAACGUGAAUGAUCUGCCCAAUUUCCCUCCAGGUAAAGUGUCGCCUCCACAAGACGCUCCCGUCAUGCCCGCCUAUUCAGACGCCGGCAACCCGCAUUUUUCAGCAGGUCUUUAUGCAUCAGGACCGCCUCAGCCCGCGAUAUACACGAUGCCAGAUCUGCCAAACACGCAAGCUUUUGCUGCGUAUGACCCGAUGAUGCACUAUGACCAAUAUUUCCCGGGUGACUUCCAGAUGAACCAAGCCCUACCGUUCACGCAACCCAUGGAUGCCGAAAUGGAGUUUUUGAGCAGUGUGUAUCAUGAUGAUCCAUCGCAGCCACCCGGGGGCGUUGAUGGCCGAGGGCCACGAUAUUCAUGA